AUGUCCCUCUCAAAUUCCAAAGUCACGGAGCGCGAGCCCCUCCCCGAGAAGGACGCCGUAUGGACAAAGUUGGUCAGGAUCAAGUAUCAAGACGCCCAUGGCCAGCCCCGGACGUGGGAAUCAGCCGAGCGCACGACGCGUCCUCAAGGCAGCGAUAUUGAUGGCGUUGGCAUCGUCGCGAUCCUAGAGAAGCCUACAGGCCCCGAGAUUAUCCUCCAGAAACAGUUCCGUCCCCCCGUUGAAAAAGUCACCAUCGAAGUCCCCGCCGGCCUCAUCGACCCAUCCGAAACCGCCGAAGAAUGCGCCAUCAGGGAACUAAAAGAAGAAACGGGAUACGUCGGCGUUCCCAUCGCCACCUCUCCCAUCAUGUUCAACGGCAAGUCCAUUCCCCCCCCCUUUUUAAACCUCCCCAGAAACUACCCCGGUUUCUGUAACACGAAUCUACGCAUGGUCCACCUCACCGUCGACAUGUCCCUCCCCGAGAACCAGAACCCCAAACCGGCGCUCGAGGAGGACGAGUUCAUCGAGGUCUUCGUGGUGCCUCUGUCGAAGCUCUGGGAGGAAUGUAAGCGUCUCGAGGCCGAGGGCUGUGCCAUUGAUGCGCGGGUGGGCACUCUCGCUGAGGGGGUCGAGUUGGCCAAGAAGUUUAGACUUUAG